AGAAUUCAACACUGAAUGAAACCGCUCUUCCUUGCAUUUCCCUUUCCAGGUCAGCUGUAUGGACUAGAGAAGUUCUGGGCCUUUUUGAAAUAUUCAAAGAUAAAGAACCAGCCUAUUGAUCCGAAGCUGCAGGAACACCUCUCGCAGUUCAAGAACUUGGAGGACUUCAGGGUGGUGCCCCCGAUAGGAGACGAUGGCAGCAGGAGGAGGCGUACCUCGUCCUCGGCUGGGGAUGAAGGGAGGCGUCGGAGACAUCCUUCCAACACUACCUCAAAGCCCGCACAGGCCUCCAAAUCCUCCAGCACUUCAGCUGAGUCUGCCUCAGCCUCCGCCGCUGCACAGACCACGCCCAAAGACAAAGCCCAGAAAGCAGCAGCGACAACAUCUGCACAGGGCAAGAAGACAGAAGCCAGAGCUGGGAAGAAGGAAAGUGGUGCACCAAAUAAAUAAAGCUCCCCUCCCGUAAGCGUGGGUUUGAAAAGAAGCAAAGUGGGGCGGCUGCAGCGCUCAUUCGUUUCAGAGGCAAACUGCUUGGGUGUGAAGAGAGACUGAGCGUGGUUGAUCCGAUUUGAUUGUUUUUAUCAGUGCAUUUCAUUUAAAAGCAAAGCAUAGGCAGCGAGCUUGAAUGUGUUCACCUGACAGCUCAUAACGUUUACAAAAAUAAAUGCAUUCCCUGCAUUUUGCCUUUUCAGAUGCCAAACUAUUCAACAAAUACUUUGAUUUCAACGAUAUGUAAGCCGCGCUGGUCUAUAUAGGGCUGUUAAACUGUGAUUCUAGUUUGCCAAGAUAACAGACACUGCACACAGUGUGACUAAUCGGAUACAGCAGGAUGUCGGGCGUUUUCUCAUUAAGUAAAAUAGUCGGCAUUCUGCUUUUUUAAAAGUCUUCCUAAUUGAUUAUUUGGGAUUCAGAUGUGUUUAAAUUUGAAAACAGUUGCAGGUUUGUUUGUUUUUUUUUUCUUUUCUGAGGAUGUAAACUUCUGUUUUUAUCAUGACAAUCAAAGUUGAGUCUUAAAGUGCCCAUAUUAUCAUUUUAUUUGGGGGGGUCUGCUAGAUUAGGUUUACAUGUUUUCCCCCAUUCUGUCCAUUAUUGCAGCACCGUCUGUCUGUAAGGCUCUGCUUUUAGCUCCUUUCUGUCCGGAAAAGCACAGUCUCUGGGAAUUUGGCUCCAUUAAUGCAGUACAUGUGAUCAUGGAGAGUUAAAGAAACAAGCGUGAUCGUAACAUACACCAUGCUAACACUAAACCAUAGACAGUAUAAGAGAAGGAUGCAACUUUUAGCUCUAAGGAGUGAAGCCAGUGUGGAAGUGUUUUAUCUCUUUACCCCUUUAAAGCCUACUAGAAGUAACCCUUGAUGCUCUUGUCGGAGCCGAAUGGUUCCGAUCAUAUUUCAUGCCUGCUUAUAGAACAAGAUGACUGGGUGUGCAAUAGACGGUAGUGAGGUUGGUCUCUGCUUAUGCAGCUUCCCUCGGAGAAACCCGCAAACUGUUGUAAUGGUCGUCAAACCACGUCUUUAUUGAUAUGUACUGAGGUAUCAAACCUCGUCAUUAAGGAUACAAUGAAAGUAGAUAAAUGUUGUCUUUAUGAGGAAAAGAGCUAAAACUAUUUGUUUUAAAUAGCCACCAGGGGGCGAUACCUGUGGCUGCAAAAACAUAUGGUCCUAUAGAAGUCUAAUGGAAAAGAGCCCUUGGAUUUGACCAGUGAAAACACUUUCCUCAAUCACCCAGUUAAAGAAAUCCCAGAAGGUUGAAUGUGUUCAUCUGGAGGUAGCAUUUUUUUCUGUGGGAAAAAUGUGUGUUUGGUCGUGCUACGUUUCAGAAAGGAGGAUUAUCCAGGGUUUGCUCACUUGUAGGUGACAUCACAGUGCACAUAGUAAUAUUGCUUGCUUCAUCAGGCUGUUAGUCAUUCACACUCAGGUCCCCUUAGAAUUCUUUCCUUCUGGCUUCCUUCAUACUCUUCCACAACAAUGACAAAAGAGCCACAUUAAACCUGCUAAAAAGAACUGUUGCUUUUCUAGGGAGAUGUUUAGCAAAGUGUAACCAUACUUGUGAAUGUUUAGCUCUGUCUUUCAUUGGCAUCAGUCUGUGUGCUGCAUGGUGCUGCUGAGAGAGCUCGUACCCCUCCCACACAGGCUCUGAUAGCAAAAAUUCAUCAUGGAGAAAUGUUUAUUGUUAUUGCAAUUGAGAAAGGGAGUGGCUGAGAUCAAAUGUUCAUGCUAUUGCCGUUUAGGGAAUUGACUGUGAGCUCAGUGACUCACAAAGAUGCACUAACGCCGUGCACAGUCAUAACCUGUGCGUGCCUGUCCGUUAAAAGUGACCGCUACUCAUGUGUGGUCACAUUACGCCUGUAAGAUUUUAGUCUGAGAUUUCACUGAAAAGUGAAAAGGUGCUCUUUCACACAUGAAGCUAACAUGUUCAGAUACUGUCAGAUUAAUGGAAACUGGGGGGGAUGGUUGACUGACUACAGCUACAAGGUGGACAUUGUUACAAGUCAUGGAAAAAAGCCUAGACUGUAAAAGAGGCAUUUCAAGUAGUUCAUCAGGAGUGAGGACUAUUACAGACUAAAGGAUAGAGGACAAACCAAAAAAAAAAACCCAUAAUAGGGGCACUUAAAAUUAGUGAAGGACUCGCACCAAAGCUGCUGCUCCAUAACAAUGUUUUUACUCUCUGACAGACAUUGCAGCUAAACUACAAUGUUUUUGUUUAAUUUACAGCCUGCAAAAAUUCAUCUGGGACACUUGACGUCCCAUUUUACAACCAGAAGUAGUAUAAUUUAUUUUUAUUUUUCCAUGUAUUUGAUGGAUGGAAUAGUCUUAGGUAAGCAUUGCAGUUCUUAAUUGCUUUUUGCUAUUGAAUAAAAUUAAAAUGUUUAAAAAAAACGUAAAAAAAAAAAAAACGUUUCUGCUGGAAUAAUGGGUGUGAGCUAGCAUCAUAAAACUACAGUAUAUUUUAGCUUGAAGUUUAUAUUUUGUUUGAGGCUUGGUGCUCUAGAGCACUUUAAUGAUUAACUUUCCUUUUAUUUCACCAAUGAACUUAAAAUGUGUUUUAGAGCUGACUUUAACGGGAAAAAAAUGUAAAUACUAUAAAAAAUCAUUUUGCCAUUAUUCAUUUGAUUUUUGAGAAGUGAUUUGUUUUAUUGGUAGUGUGGUGUUGAGUGUGUUUCUAGGGUAAAGCAGUGCAUGUUGAUGAAUUGUAAAAUGCAAAAAAAUAUAAAAUACUGAUUGUACAAAA